CAACAAUCACUCACUGCAUCAAUCACACACACGACAGCAUCCCUCCCCAUCCUUCCCCAUCCUUCCCCAUCCCCCCCAUCCUCCCCCAUCCAUAGCUCACUGCCCAUGCUCAGAACAAAGCAGGCAUGAGCCACGCACAGCAGCAGCAAGCGCCGUCCCCCACCGCCGCGGCACCGCCAGCAAGGCCCCAUUCCGCCCACCCCUACAUGAUGACGCUCAGCACUGGCCUCUUCCGCUCCAGCUCCCACCCCACACGGCCAGCAAGCGGCAAUACCACCCCGCAGGACGAGAACCCGCCAGCCGGGCGCUCCAGGCGCAGCCGCGACGCCGAGUGGGACGACGCGUGGGACUCGAGCUCGGACCGGUCGGACGACGACGAGCGCCCCGCGGCGCCGCGCUUUACGCCGCGGCGGAGCACGAGCACGGGCGCGAGCGCCAGCUCGGUGCCCGCUGCGACCAGCACGAACGCGAACGCUGCCCCGAUCCCCAUCCGGCGCGCCGCGGAGACGGAAGCGAGCCCCCCGCCCGCCGGGGCCGGCUCGGGCUCCAUCUCAACGUCGUGGGUGAGCGCAAGCUAUCACCCGACCCCGGCACGGGGCACGCCGCCGUCUGGCCCGGCAACGCGCGCGCUCGCUUCCUCGUCGGGCUCGCAGGCCCGCGUGGCCACCCCGCCGCCGGCCGAACCGCACGCGCCAGCACCGACGAGGCUGCCCCCCGGCGGCGCAUGGGAGAUUGUCGAGACGGCCGACGCCGCCGAGGCGCCCUCCACGCCCACGGCCAAGGCCGGUGCUGAAGCUGUGCGCGCCGACGCGGACGAUAUUCUGAGAGACCCGUUGCACCUCCUCGGCUCGCUCAACUCGAGCUCAGCGCCGCCAACGCCUGGCCGUACCUCGCCCGCACCGCGAUCGGGCGCCACCAUGUCGAGACAGAGAAGCGUGCGGACCGAGCGGCGGCGGGAGCGAUUCGUGCGCAUCCUCGCCGGCGACUCGGGCGGCGCGAUAGACAUUGCCGCCGUGCGCGCCAUUGCAUGGUCUGGCGUGCCAGAGGAGAUUCGGCCGAUCGUGUGGCAGCUGUUGUUGAACUACCUCCCCCUCGCGUCCCAGCCCCGCCUUGCAACCCUUCAGCGCAAGCGGAAAGAGUACAGCCAGCUCGUGGAGCAGUACUUUGGACGGGGGCCCGCAUCGCUCGACCAGCAGAUCUGGCACCAGAUCGAGAUCGACGUGCCCCGCACGCGGCCCGGCGCACCGCUGUGGAGCUGUCCCGCGACACAGCGGGCAUUAGAACGCAUCCUGUAUGUGUGGGCGAUACGGCACCCGGCGAGCGGGUACGUUCAGGGGAUCAACGACCUCGCGACGCCGUUCUUCGAGGUGUUCUUGUCGGCGUACGUGAGCGUCGACCCCGAGUCAUUCGACGCCGGCGCCCUGCCCGCCCCGAUCCUCGCGGCGAUCGAGGCAGACUCGUUCUGGUGUCUCACCAAGCUGCUCGACGGCAUCCAGGACCACUACAUCUCGCAGCAGCCCGGUAUCCAGCGCCUCGUGAAGCGCAUGGGCGAGCUCAUCAAGCGCAUCGACGCGCCGCUCGCCGCGCACUUUGAGGAUCAUGGCGUCGAGUACAUGCAGUUCGCGUUCCGGUGGAUGAACUGUCUGCUCAUGCGCGAGAUUAGCGUCAAGUGUACUAUCCGCAUGUGGGACACGUAUUUGUCCGAAGGCGCAGACGCAUUCUCCCAGUUCCACCUCUACGUCUGCUCAGCCCUCCUGGUCAAGUUCUCUGACCGGCUCCGCGAGAUGGACUUCCAGGAGAUCAUCAUGUUCCUCCAGCGCCUGCCGACGACCAACUGGACCGACCACGACAUUGAGCUGUUGUUGUCGGAAGCGUUUGUGCUUAAGAACACGUGGUCGGGCGCCGAGAACCACUUUGCAAACCUCCAAGUCAAUGGAAACAACAGCUUUGGCAUGCUCGGGAGAACAUAGCAUUACAGCACGAGAUAAUAGUAGCGCCAUAGCAGCCGUAAAGC